UAUUAAUAUGUCAUAAAUUAUCUAAGAAAUAAUAUAGUAGUAAAAGAUUAAGGAACAUAUCUUAACAGAGGUUGUUGGACACACCUUAGAAAUUACGUUUAAUCGUCCCGAAUUUCAUAAUGCCUUUACAGUUGGCAUGUAUGUGAUGUUUUAAGAAUAUGUGUUGUAAGCAGAUAAAGAUCCAAAUGUAAUCUGAUGAUUUAGUUUAGAUUUAUUAAAUAUUAGUUAAGAGUAAUGGGAAAUCAUUUAGUUCAGGUAAUGAUCUGAGAAAUUUCGAUGUAUGGCCUGGACUUAAUGAUGAGGUAAAUAUCAUAAUUUAAUAUAAUAGGAAAGAAAAUAAGCAUCUCUUGGUUUAACUAAUAUGCUUAGAGAUUUUACUAGUUCUUUUUUGAAUUUAACCAAACCAAUUAUUGCUUGUUGUUAAGGAGGUGUUAUCGGAUUCAUUUUCCCAUUACUAUCAAUUUUUGAUUAGGUUUAUGUGACAGAAGAUACUUACUUUUUUGCACCUAUGUUAUUGUUUGGAUAAGUAUUCAUAUAAAUUUUUAAUUUUAGGGAGUCGAAAUGUUUUCUAGUUAUACCUUUCCAAGAAUAUUUGGUUAAGGAAAAACUUUUAGUUUAUUAUUCCGAGGAUAAAAGCUAUCAGCUAAAGAAGCAUUACAUUUUGGAUAUGCCUAAGAAAUAUUCAAAACUUAAGAUGAAAUGAUUAAAAAAGCUAGGCAAAUUUGUCAAUAAUUAGAAUAGUAAGAUUAAUCUGCUAUUAAUCAUGGAAAAAAAUUAAUUAAAAGAGCAAUUUACGAUGUAUAUACAUAAGUUUAUAUAAUUAUAUAGCAACUUAAGACAUCAAAUGAACAAGAGUUAUUAAAUUUAGAGAGAAUUUGGUCUGGGGAUAAGUUAGUUGAAAACGUAUUUAAUUAUAUGUCGAGAUUGAAAGCAAAAUUAUGA